AUGGCGACACAAGAGACUGAGGGCUUCGGGUCAAUAUCUCCACUUGCUCUCGGUAAUGAAAUCUCACGCGUCCUUCAAAGUUCAUCAUACUUUUCGGAACGAAAGAGACCACGAGCUCACGAUGACGAUGUCGAAGAUGGGGAGAAAAAACUCAUCGACCAUAAUUGGCAACAAAUGCCGGAAUUAAAGGCCCUUGGAGCACCGGACGAUAAUCAUGAAAUCAAGGGACGUCAACUUGGUGUCACCUGGACCAAUUUGACAGUGCUGGGAAUUGGAUCCGAUGCUGCCAUGAAUGAGAAUGUAGGGUCGCAGUUCAAUUUUAUGAAUGGUGUCCGCGAUCGCAAAGCAAAGGCAUCAAUGAAGACUAUUAUCCACAAUAGCCAUGGAUGUGUAAAGCCAGGAGAGAUGCUUCUGGUACUGGGGAGACCUGGGGCCGGGUGCACAACGCUUCUCAAAGUAUUGGCUAACAGAAGGGAUGGGUUUGCUGAGGUUUCUGGAGAUGUAUUCUUUGGAAGCAUGGAUCCGAAAGAGGCUGCGCAGUACCGGGGACAGAUAGUCAUGAAUACUGAGGAUGAAAUCUUCUAUCCUACACUUACCAUUGGCGAGACAAUUGAUUUCGCCACAAGACUAAAGGUACCAUUCAAUCUUUCUCCUGACACGAACACAAAAACCUUUCGAAAGGAUUGUCGAGAAUUUCUAUUGAAAUCAAUGGGGAUUUCUCAUACGCAUGACACCAAAGUUGGCGACGAAUUUGUCCGAGGCGUUUCUGGCGGCGAGAAAAAAACGUGUCAGUAUCAUUGAGGUUCUUGCGACAAGAGCAAGUGUAUUUUGUUGGGACAAUAGUACCCGAGGCCUCGAUGCAAGCACGGCUCUUGAAUAUACCAAAGCUGUCAGAGCGCUAACCGAUACCUUUGGGUUGACGUCAAUUGUAACUUUGUACCAAGCUGGAAAUGGCAUCUACGACCUCUUUAACAAGGUUUUAGUCCUUGACGAAGAAAGGCAAAUCUACUAUGGACCGAAAGACCAAGCAAGACCGUUCAUGGAGGAACUUGGCUUUCAUUGCGAUGAUGGGGUUAACGUAGCUGAUUUCUUGACUGGAGUGACUGUACCUUCCGGUGCUGGAAAAACGACGUUGUUGGAUGUACUAGCCCAACGGAAGACGGAUGCUACCAUCAAAGGCUCAAUACAGGUUGACGGCCGCCCUCUUACUGUCAGUUUCCAGAGAUCUGCUGGCUAUUGCGAGCAGCUCGAUGUUCAUGAGCCUCAUACUACCGUACGGGAAGUACUUGAAUUUUCUGCGCUUCUUCGCCAACCAAGAGCUACUCCUCGAAAAGAGAAACUCGACUACGUGGACACGAUUGUCGAUCUGUUGGAAAUGCACGAUAUCGAAAAUACACUCAUAGGUCAUCCUGGUGCUGGAUUAUCAGUGGAGCAAAGAAAACGUUUGACUAUUGGCGUUGAGCUUGUCUCCAAGCCAUCUAUUCUCAUUUUCCUGGACGAACCUACUUCUGGUCUUGAUGGACAGGCUGCUUUCAAUAUUGUACGGUUCUUGCGAAAGUUAGCCGAUAUUGGCCAAGCAAUUCUUGUCACUGUAAGUAUCCCUUUCUCGCUUAUUACUCCACAGUCACGUGGCUCCGAGGGGAACAAAUCCUCCUCCUGCUGGACAGAAAUUAGGCAGUAUAUCCAUCCAAAAGACUUGAUAUUCUAAGAAUCUUUAUUCAAGCGUCCCAAAAUAUUCAGUUGAUAGUUAUGGUUGUUCAAAAACUGAUUAGAACAAUGAUAAAAAUAUCAAGAAGAGCGACUUACUGUUACCUUUCUGUCCACUGCAAAAUCCCAAUAGGUUUCAUGGAAAAGCAAUAAGCUAACACUUUGAAGAUUCAUCAACCAUCUGCCAUUCUCUUUCAAAAAUUCGAUAGUCUGUUCCUUUUGGCCAAAGGAGGUAAAACUGUCUAUUUCGGCGACAUUGGUAAGGAUUCAUCCAUAAUCAAGGACUACUUUACACGAAAUGACGCGCCCUGCCCUACAAACGCUAAUCCUGCCGAGCACAUGAUCGACGUAGUUAGUGGUCAGCUAUCUAAAGACAAAGAUUGGAACCAAGUCUGGCUCAACUCUCCCGAGCACGAGAAAAUGGUGAAGGAAUUGGACCAAAUGAUUUCGAACGCAGCUGCCAAAGAACCAGGGACAAAAGAUGAUGGCUUCGAAUUUGCCAUGCCAUUGUAUUCUCAAAUCAAUAUUGUCACUUAUCGUAUGAACGUAUCAAUCUGGCGUAACACCGAAUAUGUCAACAAUAAGGUAGCUUUACACAUUGGGACAGCACUUUUCAACGGCUUCUCAUUCUGGAUGGUUGGCAAUAGCGUGGCCGACUUGCAACUCCGCCUCUUCUCAAUUUACAACUUCAUUUUCGUCUCCACGGGUGUCAUUGCGCAACUUCAACCCCUCUUCAUCGACCGCCGAGGUAUCUAUGAAGCGCGGGAAAAGAAGAGUAAGACGUACAGCUGGAUCGCAUUCGUCACUGGUCUUAUCGUAUCGGGACUUCCGUACCUCGUUGUUUGCGCAGUCCUCUACUUCGCCUGCUGGUACUAUACCGUAGGCUUCCCCAACGAAUCCUCCAAAUCUGGUGCCGUCUUCUUCGUCAUGGUGAUCUACGAGUUUAUGUAUACAGGAAUUGGGCAAUUGACUGCCGCUUAUGCGCCGAAUGCCCUCUUCGCAGCUUUGAUCAACCCCCUCAUUCUUGGCGUCCUCGUCUCCUUUUGCGGAGUCCUAGUUCCUUACUCUGCCAUCCCAGCUUUCUGGAGAUACUGGCUUUAUUACAUCGACCCCUUCAACUACCUCAUGGGUUCCUUGCUAGUUUUCACAAUUUUCAAUACCCAAGUCAUCUGCAAAGACUCUGAAUUCGCCAUUUUCAAUCCACCGACUGGCCAGACAUGCUCUCAAUAUCUCGCAAGUUAUAUGCAAGGAAUGGGUGCUUUGACAAAUUUAACGAACCCCGAAGCGAGGAGUGGAUGUCGUGUUUGUCAAUAUAGGACAGGAGCAGAUUAUCUGAAGACUCUUAACCUGUUAGAAUAUUAUUAUGGAUGGAGGGAUGCGGGGAUUUGUGUUAUUUUUAUGUUGAGUAGCUAUGCGAUAGUUUUCUUGCUCAUGAAAUUGAGGACGAAGAGGAGUAAAACAGCGGUAUAG